AUGUCCACAUCGCCUCCACCAGACAACGAAAGAGCAACCAAGCGACCGAAACUCGAGCAUCUCACCUCUGACUCGUUCAAGAACGGGGUCUUUCUUGCCCCGAUGGUACGAUCCGGUGCUCUUCCCACUCGAUUGAUGGCACUAAAACAUGGUGCAUCCCUUGUAUGGGGUCCGGAGGUAGUAGACAAGGCCAUAUUACAUGCAGAACGCGUCGUGGACCCCGUCACCGGUGUGAUCUCAUACAAUGGCAAGACUCGUGCCAUUUUUACAACACACCCCAUUGAGAAACCCUACCUCAUUUACCAGAUCGGUUCAGCAUCCCCAGAGCUCGCCGUACAGGCGGCGAAGACCGUCGUCCAAGACGUAUCAGGCGUCGAUCUGAACUGCGGUUGUCCAAAACCGUUCAGCACUCACGCUGGCAUGGGAGCUGCCCUCCUAACAAACCCUGAUCUCCUAUGUGAUAUUCUCACCGCCCUACGGAGAGAACUCCCACCUCACGUUACCGUUUCAGCAAAGAUUCGGCUUCUACCACUUGUGGAACGAAUCGUGCGAACUGGCGUAAGUGCACUUACGGUGCAUUGUCGAACCCGAAACAUGCGGCCAAGAGAAGCUGCGCUUAUAGAGAGACUGAGGGAGAUAGUAGAGUUCGUGGACGGUCUGGGCCUAGAUAUACCAGUCGUGGCCAACGGAGAUUGUCAGGGUUGGGAAGAUGCGAAGCGGGUGAAAAAAAUCACCGGAGCAUCUUCCGUAAUGAUUGCCACUGCUGCAGAAGCAAAUCCCUCAUGUUUUUCAUCCACACCUCUCCAAGACUUGGGGGCAACGCUAAUACCCUCAUACUUGCGACUUUUUUGCAUCAGCCAGUUCAGAGGCGCCCGCAAAGAGGUCACAAAGGACGAGACAAAUGACCUCAAGGCUCGGAUAAUAAACAACUCGUCGGGGGAAGCAGAUAUCGUUGAGAUCGCUGAUAUUAUCCGGUCACGACGACCUCGACCGCUUUUGGGAGGUUCGUCAGACGAUGAUGGCCCAUUCGUUGCGACACCACCAGAUCGUCCUAAUCCGGAACCACCUACGUCACGCGCGCCUCUGGGUCCAAGCUCGGAUACCCGAAUACCCCUACCUGCAAUCAUUACUGGGAGUGACAUGCUUACCCCCACUCCUACUCCAAAGCCUCUUUUUCCAUUCGGCUCUUAG